AUGCCCAUUUCGGUCAGAUCAGCGCUUGCUCAGGGCAAUGGGCGUAUCCACUUGUUGGAGGCCCAUGACCGCAACUCCGAAGACAUUGUGAGGAGUGCUGUGGGCGCCGACAACCAGGCUUUCCACGGCGUCUGGAUCAGCGGCCUCACCCAAACAACGUACCUGGGGAUUCCGGACUCCGAAAUCAUCUCGCCGCUACAGCGCGCCUCCCUCAUCGACUUCUACGGCGGCACGCCGCAGAAGGCGUCUCGCGAGCUAUGUGCGGCAUACGACGCCGACAGCGGCGGCCCGGCGGCAGAGAUCCCGGCGCUGGUGGCCGUCCUGGUAGCCAUGGGCGUCGGCAUGGUCAUCAUCGAGGACAAGGAGGUGGCUGAGCCCGGGAAGAAGGUCAACUCUCUGGCGAGCUCGUCGGCCUCUCAGGGGCAGGCAGAUAUGCACGAGUUCGCCGACACGAUACGCAUCUUCAAGGAGGCCUCGACGCACAAAGACUUCAUGGUCACGGCCCGGAUCGAAAGCUUCACGACGCGAGUCGUCCAGUCCAGCACGGCUGAGGAGAAGGCCUCGGUCCAGGCUGCACUGGCCGAGGCGCUGGCUCGCGCAGAGGUCUACCGCGACGCCGGAGCGGACGCAAUCAUGAUCCACAGCAAAAGCAAACAGGCAGACGAGGUUCUCUCGUUUCUCGGGCAAUUCCGAGCCAAAGAUCCCGACACGCCUCUCGUCGUCGUGCCAACGACGUACUCAAAGACCCCCGAAGACGUCUUGCACGACGCGGGAGCCAGCGUCGUCAUCUACGCCAACCACCUGAUGCGGGCCAAGAUCAACGCCGGCAACGAGAUUUCCCAAGACAUCCUACCCAAGCAGCUAGACCUAUUCUCCCGGGACUCAGAGUUGGACGUCUGUCUAAAAGCUCGAAACUUUGGCUGCCUUAUGCCCAAGAUGCUGGAGAGGAAGUAUCUCGGGGGUGAAGCGAAGGCCUAUCUUCAGGGGCUGGAAGCCGCGGCCACGGAACGCAUGAAGGCCGCCGCCAGGUGCCUUUUGGAUGCCAAGAUGGCUUGCGGAGCCGACGAGCACCUGAUUCCUGUCAAGGAGCUGCUGGAAAUCAACGGGCGCCAAAUUUCCUACAGGCUCGGGCCCAUUGUACUCCCCGGAUCCAGGGCCAUUUCGGCCUCGACUUCGGAGGACAGCCUUCCCAGCAAGGGCAAGGUGCAGCUGCGCUACCGUCGAUGGCAGAGGGGGUUCGGCGACUCGGUCAGGAGCUAUACUCGAGGGUGGAUGGCCAGGAUGGGAGUUUCGGGUUCGUGGAAGUUGCCGACGACCAAGUCCAAAUAA